ACACACUGCACAAAAUAAAACAAUAUACGAACAAUCAGACUAAAACCAACAAAACAUCGGUGACAACAGCUCUAUAGAGAUUCCUCCACCUUUCUACACCGCUCCUCUCUGAGACACUCACUUCCGGGCUCUAUAAAAAUGUUUGUGCAUUUGUUGGAAGCUAUCACUGCAAGCGUCGACGGCAGAUACGCCAUACCAAGCUCUAGAAACAUGAAGACUUUUGUGUGUUUGUUGCUGGCAGUUGCCUCCUGCAAGGCCGGGUUUGAUGGAGGCUAUUCCAACGAAGUACAUGGAGACGGUGGUAACGAAGCUCCGUCAGGAUACGACUUUUCUGGCCAUCUUAACGGGGGAGGAGACUUCUCAGGAGGGCAAGGACACAAUUUGGCCCAAUUCAGUGGACACGGCUCAGAACCUAGCGGUGCUGGACAUGACUUCUCCGGCGGUCAAGGUCACACACUCGCACUGCUUCAGGGACAUGACUUUGGAGGUGCUCAAGACUUUGGCGGACAUCAAAGCUUAGGAGGCGGCCAACAAUUCGGUGGUCAUCAGGCUUCAGGUGGUCAAGACUUCGGCGGUCACGCUUUCCCUGGAUUUGGAGGUCAUGCCCAAUUCGCUGCUCACGAUGGAGGUAACCAAGGCGGUCAGGAUUUUAGCGGAGACUCAUACCUUCAGGCCGCUCACGACUCCGGUCAUCAGGGCCAAGAGGAUUCUGGAUCCCAUGGCGACGGUGGUCAUGGAUUUGGUCCUCAAGCUUUCACUCUUGAAGACGCUAGCCACGACUACGGUCACGGAGGAGGUAACGACUUCGGAUCCCACGCUAUCCCAGUAGGAACCCACGUUGAUGAAGAACACCCAGUCGAAGUACCCCACUACAAACAUGUUACGUUCAACAUCCCUAAGACCGUCCACAUUAACGUGCCAAAACCUAUUCUGAUCGGUGUACCUCAGCCUUACCCCGUAAAGGUGCCCGUCAACAAGCCAGUCGCCGUACCUGUGGAGACCGAGAUCAACAUUCCCAUUGAGAAGGUUGUGCCUUACCCUGUGGUCAAACACGUGCCCUACCCCGUUGAGAAGCACGUGCCAAUUAAGGUCGAGAAGACCGUCACAGUGCACGUGCCCCAGCCUUACCCUGUCAAGAUCCCUGUGUACAAAACCAUCCACCACCACAAAGAUCAUUAAGGAGUUGGAGUGAACCAGUUUUUUGAGAAAAAUAAUUCACUUUUUUAAAGAUGUCUUCUGU